CUUGUCCUUACCAUGAACACUGAGUCGCUGAUCCAACUAUGGAGUCAGCUGCAGAUCUCCAGGACACAGCAUCAUUAACUCUGAAGUUUGAGUUUAACCCGAAGCUGGGCAUUGAUAAUCCUGUCCUGUCCCUGGCUGAAGACCAUGACUGCUCCGAUCUCGGGAGCCUGGAGCGGCCUCGCUUCUGCCUGCUGAGCAAAGAGGAGGGCAGGAGUUUUGGCUUCCACUUGCAGCGGGAGCUGGGCUGGGCGAGGCAUGUUGUGUGUAGGGUGGAGCCAGGCAGCUCUGCCCAGCGCCAGGGUCUUCGGGAAGGAGAUCAGAUCCUGGGUGUGAACAACCAUGUCGUGGAACAUGAAGACUCUGAGGUGGUGAUACGCCACAUCCAAGCCAGUGGUCCUCGGGUGUUGCUGACAGUUUUAGCACAGCAUGCGUUUGAUGUGGCUCGAGCUCUGCAGGGGAAUGAUGCCCUCCUCUGUCCUACUCUGGGUCCAGAAGUCCGUCCCCGGCUGUGCCACAUAGUGAAAGAUGAGGGUGGCUUUGGCUUUACUGUCACCCACGAACAUCGGGGUUCUUUCUGGUUGGUGCUGAGUACUGGAGGAGCAGCUGAGAGGGCAGGGGUGCCCCCUGGGGCCCGACUGUUAGAAGUGAAUGGUGUCAGUGUGGACAAGUUCAGUCAUAACCAACUCAGCAGGAAGCUUUGGCAGAGUGGAGAGCAGGUGACCCUGCUGGUGGCAGGGCCAGAGGUGGAGGAAAAGUGUCGCCAGCUGGGAAUGCCUCUGGCUGCACCCCUGGCAGAGGGCUGGGCGUUGCCCACCAAGCCCCGCCGUUUGCACCUAGAGAAAGGGCCCCAGGGCUUCGGGUUCCUGCUCCGGGAGGAGAAGGGCCCUGAUGGUCGCCUCGGGCAGUUCCUGUGGGAAGUGGACCCAGGACUGCCUGCUGAAAGGGCUGGGAUGCAGGAUGGGGACCGACUGGUGGCUGUGGCUGGGGAGAGUGUGGAGGGGCUGAGCCAUGAGGAGACAGUUUCCAGGAUCCGGGCGCAGGGCUCCUGUAUCUCCCUCACUGUCGUCGACCCCAAGGCUGACCGCUUCUUCAGUAUGGUUCGCUUGUCCCCGCUCCUCUUCCUGGAGAGCACAGAGGUUCCUGGCUCUCCCCAGGACACCUGCUCAGCCUCUCUGGUUGAGACCAAGGACCCACCAGUUGAAGACAUAGCCAUGCCUCCUGUCCCAGGUGGCUCCCGCCAGUGCUUCCUGUACCCUGGGCCUGGCGGUGGCUAUGGCUUCCGACUCAGCUGUAUGGCCAGUGGGCCUUGUCUCAUCAUCUCCCAGGUGACCCUAGGAGGCUCAGCUGCCCAGGCAGGGCUGCAAAGGGGAGACGUGAUUCUGGAGGUGAAUGGGUAUUCUAUGGGUGGAGAGAAUGACCUGGAAAGGCUUAAGCAGCUGGCUGAGGCUGAGCCACCCCUGUGCCUGAAGCUGGCGACGAGGUCUCCACAGGGCUUGGAAGCCUGGAUUCCCCCAGGAUCUGGAAAGGACUGUGCUCUAGCCUCAGAUCUGCUGUAGCACUCCCCUCCUUGGCACAGACCUACCCAUUGGCUUUCCUGUCUUCACUCUCCGGCCUGAGGUGGUAGGAGCUGAGCUGCUCUCUUAAAGCCAGAAAUUGGCCCUCUAGGACUCUGGACAAUCACAGGAUUGCCCAGGGCCUCCCUUCCUUCACAUGGGCCCUCCUCCCAGAAGAGGAUGUGGUCAGAGGCCUCAGGUGGGCCUACUAGGAAGCCCCUCCUCUGACUCCAGAAGAAGCCAUGUGGGAGCUUUUGGAGCUGUGCCCCAAGGAUGUUGUUCUGCCUGAGAUGAGUGGUGUGAUUUUGUGAUUUAUAAUAAGACAUGUAUAUUUGGCCUUCUGGCACAGAGCUCCUAAACCCUUGGAAUUUACUAAGUAAUGAGAGCAAUAAAGGGGGCUUUUGUUAUUCAUAAAAAGCUCCUUUCAACCAUACUUAAUUUUGUUAAUGACUUUUGGAAACACCUACCAUGCCUGGGCUGAUUGCCAGGGGAACCAACCACGUGAUUAGAGGGUUGGAACUUGCAGCCCUACCUCCACCCCUACCCCACCCCUGGCUUCCUGUGUGGAGAGAGGGACUGGAGGUUGAAUUAAUCACCAAUCAAUCGUGCUUAUGUAAUGAAGCCUCCAUAAAAACCUGAAAGGACUAGGUUUGGAGAACUUCCCAGUUAUUGAACCGGGUGCUGGGAGGGUAGUGCACCUGAAGAGGGCAGGAGCUUCCUGCCCAAACCCUGCCCUAGGCACCUCUUUCAUCUGGCUGUUCCUGAGUUGAUUCCUUUAUAAUAAACCUGUAAUUGAGGAAGUAAACUGUUUC